CACCAGUAUCAGUGCUCGCUGUCCAUUCAUCCGUUUGUUAAUUUAGCCUAUGUUGUCUAUUUAUUUAUAAAACUAGAUUAUCUAUUUCAUUACUAUCACGCGCUCUGUCGUUGUCUAGAGAGAUUACGCUAUUUCAUUGCCUAUACAUUACGUAAUGCAACGGUGGCUGGGGAAUCCCAAUACUGAUUGAUAUUAAAUAGGCUACAGAAUGUUCAUACAUUCAAGCAUAGAGUUUUCAACUUCUUCUGUUAAUAGCCGAAUCUGUUCAUAAUAUAGUUUACGUCUGUCAUAUUAUGUGGCUUUUUAAAUACAGGUUGUGGUGUUACGUUAAAUGAAGAAACGAUAGAGUGAGAGACAUUCAGAGAAAGAACAGGACACGACAGACCGACAGCCGUUUGGUCUCGCUCUGGGGGUCGACCGCUACACGUGCACGAGAAGCGGCAGAGCAGCGGCAGAGAAAGAGUGAGCGGAGAACGGAUUCCUCUUUGUGUACUCCAUAAUUAUUAUUAGUAGGCUAGUAAUCCUACAAUUGUCGUUUGGUGGGUUCGUCAUUAAUAACAGUUUAAACUAUAGGGAGAGUAGAGGAGAACUGUGCCACUGUAGUCGCUAUGGCCGCUCUAUCAGGAGGAGAAAUGUGCGUCAAAUACCUGAUGUUCGCUUUCAACCUCAUCUUCUGGCUUGCAGGUACAGGAGUGCUGGCUAUAGGGUUGUGGUUGAGGUUUGACCCAAAGACCAGAGGACUGUUUGAAGGAACAGAAUCUCCCUAUGUCUUCUUCACAGGUGUGUAUAUCCUGAUAAUAGCAGGGUUGUUGAUGAUGGUGGUGGGGUUCCUGGGAUGCUGUGGUGCGAUUCAGGAGUCUCCCUGUAUGCUGGGGCUGUUCUUCUUCUUCCUCCUCAUCAUAUUUGCCAUUGAGGUCGCCGCUGGAAUCUGGUGUUUUUCCAACCAAAGCAAGGUGGUUGAUGACAUCACUCAAUUCUACAUGGAGACAUAUCAGAACUACCAGAACACUCGACAGGACACACUGAGGGAGACACUCCGUCUCAUACAGACUGGGUUGGACUGCUGUGGUACAGGUUCCGUUGUGGACUCUGCCAAAGACACCUGUCCCCCAAGAGACGGGCUGGAUAGCCUCAUCACCAAGAGCUGUCCUGAUGCUAUAGAUGAAUUGUUUGACUCCAAGCUGCACAUCAUAGGAGGAGUGGGCAUCGCCACUGGAGUUAUCAUGAUGUUUGGGAUGAUCUUCAGCAUGCUGCUCUGCUGUGCCAUCAGGAAGUCACGAGAGAUUGUCUGAGGAUGUCAUCGUUACCAUGACGGUGGCCGUUAAUGUUGCAUGAUGUCAUUCCUAGUCACAUGAAUUCUGUCAACCAAUAGAGAGGCUGUGUGUUGAGAACGGUCGGCCUGAGCGCUAGCAGCCGUUCAGGUCCACUGGCCAACCAACUCCCAUUUAGUUAGAGCCGCUAACCUCUGUAACAAGGAUCUGCUACACCUGGUUCACCUGGCAUUAAGUGCGCAAGCAUUGCAAAAUAAAUAUAAACAUGCAUGUUAUUCAGUAAUUUCAUCCAAACUGGUUGCACGUAUCAACUGGCGUCUGUGUAUCCAGGCACUAAAAUAGAACUUGGUUCUAUUUUAGAUGCUUGAUGCUGCAAGAUCCGCCUCUCCCAUCUAUUCAUUAGUUUUUACGAGCAUACUAACCCACGUGGGUGAUUGACAGAUGAGGUCCACACUCCAGUCCAGUUGGUGGCAGUAAUGCACAUUGAAGUUGGUUGCCAACCACAAUAUAAAAUCCACAGAAGAAGAAGGACUAUGAAUGAGGAGAGAUUAAUCAAAGAAAACUAACUAAGAACUAACUAGGUUUUCCUUUAUAUGAGUGGAUUAAUUGUCGAAGUAGAGAACACACGACUUUGUAUGACUCAAAAUGGGUAAAAAUUCUACAAAGAUCCAGCUAAUAAAAAUACCAUAUGCAUUUCAGAAACAGCAAUCUAGCUAAAUGUCUAUGAAUGUUUCAUGUGUGUUUCGACAUGUCCCAUAAUUACUAUAGUUGGUCGACAGUUGGUUUUGGUAGGGAUAGACAAAAUCAAUGUUGAACCGGUUUGGUCAGCAUGUCAGCAUCACAUCGCCUCACAAAUCACCUUGGCUGUGUUUGCACAAUUCUGAUCUUUUAAUCACUCAUUUGUUUUUUGACCAAUCAGAUCAGCUCUGAAAAAGAUCUAAUGUCAUGAAGUGAUCUAGAUUAGCUAAUCUGCACAGUGCUUUUCUCAGGCUGAUCCUCUUGAACACAGUGAAUCUGCCCAGUGCACAGGUUGACCCUCCUAAACCAUCAUGAUGAUAACAUCAACAACAUGCAUGCCAGUCUUUCCUGGUUGACUACAACUCAUCCUCUCCGUCUCUUUCUCUACCCAAUUUGAAAAUGCCUUGAAGUCUCUGACUGUUUUUAUCUAGGUGAGUUGUUGUCAGUUUUACAGCAUAUCUAGGUCUCUUCUAGAUAAGAAACUUUUAUAACACCCUUGCCAUCUUACACAAAACAAAUUAGCCAAAUAAAAUGUUACAUCUGAUCUUCA